CCCAAAACUUUAAUAACUCUGGGCCGCCCGUUAAAAUGUAAUCCGGCUUUGGAGGAAGAAUUCACAGCCAUCAACGAUUCCGUCAUCCACACCCCUUCACCGCAGAACAAUGAGGUCACACACCGCUCUAUAAGAGACGAGGUGGCACGACCAACGCCCGAAGCCUCCACACCCGUGUGAGUCUUCCUCCGCACCUGGAGUCCUCACUGCGUUGUGAAGAUGGUGGAGGCGUUGUGCGGAACGUGGACGCUGGUGGACAGCAAAAACUUUGACGAGUACCUGAAGAAGCUGGGCGUGAGCAUGGCCACACGCAAGGUGGGCAGCUUGACCAAGCCCACGGUCACCAUCAGCACAUGCGGCGACGGCACCGUCACCGUGAAGACGGUCAGCGCCUUCAAGAACACCGAGCUGACCUUCAGGCUGGGCGAGGAGUUCGAGGAGACGACAGCGGAUGACAGGAAGGUGAAGAGCACUGUGACGCAGGAAGGAGGGCGGGUUGUCCACGUGCAGCGCUGGGACGGCCGGGAGACACAGCUCAUCCGGGAGCUGCAGGGCGAUCAGAUGAUCAUGACGUGCCGGGUGGGAGACGUCGUGAGCACGCGGACGUACGAGAGGGUGUGACGGCCCCCCCCACCCCCCCGGGCCACUGCCAUCCUCACGACCGCGUCCCCGUCAAGACACCGUCACUGGGCCAACAUUCGCUACAUUCCUCUCGACAUCUCGACACCCCAGCCCACAGUCGCCGCGGGAGGGGGGGGGGGGUGACGUCUCCGAAGUUGGGAACCUCCGGGGUUUUUGUAUUCUCAUCCCCGUGUGAAUCGCCGACCGCGACCGCCAUUUUUAAAAACCCUUCACGAACAAAAUAAACCACGGAGUGGCUCGCUCGCAA